AUGAAGAGACCUUGUGUUCAGGUACCACCCAUCCGCAAAGAAGAUGGCACCUGGGCUCGCAAUGAACAAGAAAAAGCAGAAAUAUACGCUCGACAUCUUGAACGCGUAUUUCUACCAAACGCCAUAGACUCUGAGCUUGACAUUGUACUAUGUCCGCAGCUUAGUACAACACGUAAAAAGAUUAAAAAUGUCACUCCAUUAGAAGUUGUUAAAGUAAUAGAUGAUAGUUUGAACCCCAAAAAAGCACCAGGCUAUGAUGAAAUAAGUCCAAAAAUACUUAAAGAGCUUCCUAAGAAGGCCAUCAUUCAUCUUACGCACAUAUACAAUGCUAUUUUGCGUAUGGAAUACAUUCCAGAACAAUGGAAACGGGCACAAGUCAUUAUGUUGCUCAAACCAGGAAAACCACCAGAAGAUGUCACAUCUUACCGUCAAAUAUCUCUCCUUCCGAGUUUGUCUAAACUCUUAGAGAAACUUCUACUUAAACGUCUAAAACCAAUUAUAGAAGAAANUAGAAGAAAAACAUCUUAUACCGGACCAUCAGUUUGGAUUCCGUAACAAACAUUCGACAAUCGAUCAAGUCCAUCGCGUUACUAACGUGAUAAGUAAAGCCCUUGAAGAAAAAGAUUACUGCUGUGGAGUAUUCCUUGACGUAGAUCAGGCUUUUGACAAAGUCUGGCACAAAGGAUUCCUCAUCAAACUACGUGAACAACUGCCACAUACCUGGUGUGCACUUCUUGAAUCAUACUUAACCGACCGUCAAUUCCGAGUCAUACAUGAAGAAGCAGUAACCGAAUGGAAAAAUAUAUCAGCUGGAGUACCACAAGGUAGUGUCUUAGGACCUAUUCUUUACCUACUUUACACAGCUGAUAUACCAAACAAUGAUAACAAUGACACCAUAACGAUAGCUAUGUUUGCCGAUGAUACGGCAAUUUUGUCGACAAGUAAGAAUCAGCUGACAGCAACUGACAACUUACAAGCAUCAAUUAAUAACAUUUUUGCCUGGACGAGACGUUGGAAAAUUAAGAUAAAUGGCGAUAAAUCGGUACACGUCAACUAUACGUUACGUAAAACUGAAAACAUUCCAAUUUUACUGAAUCAAACUUUAAUCCCACAAAAAGAUUCAGCAAAAUAUCUUGGAAUGCAUCUUGACUCUCGUUUAAACUGGAAACAUCAUGUCCGUCAGAAAAAAAUACAGAUUAAAGAAAAAAUGCGAAAGCUCUAUUGGUUAAUUGGACCCCACUCUGAGUUAACUAUAGAAAACAAACGUCUACUAUAUGUAGCUAUUAUAAAACUAAUUUGGACCUAUGGCAUUCAACUGUGGGGUUGUGUUAGUAAGUCUAACAUUGAUAUAAUACAACGAUGCCAUUCACCGCGAUAUGAUGUUGCCUACAAUAGCAGAAGAAAUCCAAAAGUUUGCUCGUAAACACGAGAGAAGAUUAGAGGACCAUAUCAACCCAAUGGCCACCGAACUGUUAGACAACUCCAAAGACAUUAGACGCCUUAAACGUCUGAAACCAUACGACUUAGUUUAA